GGGGGGAGGAGGCGGCCCGGGGUUGUCGCAGCAACCGGCCCCGCUGCAGCCCCCGGGGGCGGUGCUGCCCCCUCCAGCCCCCGCCGCAGGCAUCGCCCCCCCCCUGGGACGUGGAGUUGCCCCCCCCAUGGCAUCAGCACCUCCAGCAGCCCCCCCUCUGCCGGGGACACGGCUCUGACCCCCCCCCCCCCAGCACCGCACCCCCCCCCCGUCCCCCGGCCCAUCAGCGCCCCGCAGCGAGACCCCCCCCCAAGACGAGCAUCACCGCCCCCGGACCGGGUGCCCCCUCCCCAGAGCCAGGCCUCGAAGCCCCCCAAAGAGGGGUACCCUCAUCCCUGCCCCCCCGCACACACAGCCCCCCAGGAGGGGGCCUCCCCCCCAGCAUCACCCCCAGACCCUGCCCGGGAAGGGGGGGUCUGUCCUGACCCACCCACCCCCGGCCACCCCCCCUCUGUCCCCCAGCCAACCCCCCUCAAACAGGGCAGGGCUGGGGAAGGGCUCGUGCUCCGGGGGUGUCGCCCCCUGUCCCCCCCCCCCCGUCCCGUACCUGCGCCGCUGCUCCCGGUGCGGUGCCGGUGGGUGCCAAGUGCCCCCAAUCCGGCACCGGAGCCGGGGGGAUUUUGAGCUGCCGCCGCCCCCCCGUGCCCCCCAGCCCCAGUGACGGGGACAGCGAGGGGACAGCGCCCUUCAGGGCCACCCGGGGGGACACGGGCUGUCGGGGAGGGGGCGGUGGGGCCCCCCCAGCCUGAGCUCUGGGCUAAAGCCGUGCCCCCCCCCCAGCACCACCACCACCCCCCACGCCUCUGGGUCGGGAGGUUGGUAUUUUAAUUGGACCCCCUUCGUAAGCGCCAAGUUCAUUAGAGGCUCAGAAGGGGCUUUGUGUCCGUGGGGACAGCGGGGACAGGCUGUCCCCAUGCCACCGCCGCUGCUGGGCAUGGCGGGAGCAAGUUUGUGGGGGGGGGAAACGCGGGGAUGCCACCCCCGGUGACACCACAGGGCGCGGGGGGGUCACAAACAAACCCCUGGGGCCUGCAGCACCACCACGGGGACCCAGCGGCUGUCCCCUGUCCCCAGCACUGCCACCUCCCCGGAGCCAGCCCCAGCAGCGCGGGGAGGGGGCACCCCCCCGGGGGCCCUGUGGUCCUGCUGGGCUGGGGAGGAGGAGGAGGAGGCAGGGGGGAGGAAGGCUGAGCACCGUCCUGUUAAAGAGCUUAAGGCAGCAGGAGGGAGAGGGGCCCAGCGAGCGGCACUCAGCAGUGCAGGGUUACGGGUGCUCGUUACUGCCCGCAGUAAUUAGCUCCAUUUCCCCAACAGGAGGAAACCCCCAGCCCCGCCAUCCCCCUGGCACCACCCCGGCAGCACCCGGGGUCCCUGGGUGUGACGUGAACUGAGCUGAGCCCAUCCCCAGCACAAAGCCCAGCCCUGCAGCCCCACGGGGGGGCACCCAAAAGUGGGGUGCCCCAAACCCACAGAGCCCCCCAGACACCCCACAGGACCUGGGGUGUCCCCGUCCCCGGCGGGUGGGGGGUGACAUGCCACCUGCCCCCUUACGUAAGGCACCGUGCCCACCUCCCUGGCCGCCUCCCCGAGAUGCUCUUUCUUUUCCGAGCCCUAAUCUUUGCCAUCUUGGGCUAAUUGGAUUUCCUGGGUCACAUGGAGAGAUAAAAAGUCCCCAAAUCCGUCAGCCCAGAAAUUGGGUUAUCCAUGGGGAAUUAAGAGAGAGCUCGGGGGGCAGCCAGCCCGCGAGCACCCAGGCGAGCGCUCCAGCACCCCUGGCACGGCGCGGGGCAGCGGGCGCCUGGUUCGGCCUUUCGGGGCUUCCCUUUCUCCCCCCUCGCCCUCCGCCCGCCCCUGGGGUGCGUGCGCACCCCCUGAGAAGAGCUGGAAGAGCCCGGGGACCUAGAGGAGCUCGAGGCGUUGGAAGAGGAAGACGACGCCAUGGGGAGCGGGGCGAGCGCAGAGGAUAAGGAGAUGGCCAAGAGGUCCAAGGAGCUGGAGAAGAAGCUCCAGGAGGACGCAGAUAAGGAGGCGAAGACGGUCAAGCUGCUGCUGCUUGGGGCUGGAGAGUCGGGCAAGAGCACCAUUGUGAAGCAGAUGAAGAUCAUCCACCAGGACGGCUACUCGCCCGAGGAGUGCAUGGAGUUCAAGGCCAUCAUCUACGGCAACAUCCUGCAGUCCAUCCUGGCCAUCAUCCGCGCCAUGUCCACGCUGGGCAUCGACUACGCCGAGUCGGGACGGGCGGACGACGGCCGGCAGCUCUUCAACCUGGCCGACUCCAUCGAGGAGGGCACCAUGCCUCCCGAGCUUGUCGACUGCAUAAAGAAGCUGUGGAAGGACGGGGGGGUGCAGGCUUGCUUCGACAGAGCCGCCGAGUACCAGCUCAACGACUCAGCCGCGUACUACCUGAACCAGCUGGACAGGAUCACGGCCCCCGGGUACCUCCCCAACGAGCAGGACGUGCUGCGGUCCCGGGUGAAGACCACGGGCAUCAUUGAGACCAAAUUCUCUGUCAAGGACCUGAAUUUCAGGAUGUUCGACGUGGGAGGGCAGAGAUCCGAGCGCAAGAAGUGGAUCCACUGCUUCGAGGGCGUGACCUGCAUCAUCUUCUGCGGGGCGCUGAGCGCCUACGACAUGGUGCUGGUGGAGGACGACGAAGUGAACCGCAUGCACGAAUCCCUGCACCUAUUCAACAGUAUAUGCAACCACAAGUUCUUUGCCGCCACAUCCAUCAUCCUCUUCCUCAACAAGAAGGACCUUUUCGAGGAAAAGAUCAAGAAGGUCCAUCUCAGCAUCUGCUUCCCCGAUUAUGAUGGUCCCAACACAUUUGAAGACGCAGGAAAUUACAUCAAGACCCAGUUCCUUGAUCUCAACAUGCGAAAGGACGUGAAGGAAAUCUACAGCCACAUGACCUGUGCCACAGACACACAGAACGUCAAAUUCGUCUUUGACGCAGUCACAGAUGUCAUCAUCAAAGAGAACCUCAAGGACUGCGGGCUCUUCUGAACAUCCGCGUGGCAGAAGAGAAAAUGACUUCAGCUUCACAUCGCCGUUCUGCUGAGCAGAGCCAAAAGGAUUAAAGAAAAAAAAAAGCUACCUGGCCCCCACUUUUUCUAUGACCUACUCAACCAACCACCUGCGUUCAAGCCCGUAAUAGGCAGGGGCUGAAGCCGAACUUCCUGCUCCCUUUCACGGCCAUUUCCUCUUUUUAAAGAAAGAAACCCCGGCUCCCUGCAGUGCUGGGAGGUCAGCGUUGAUCGAUGAGAUGCGGAGCGGUUUGACACCAAAGAGCACACAGACCCCAGUGCAUCAGAGAAAUUAACGCCGAGCUGCCACACGCCCCCCUGCACAGCCGAAGGUGGCACCGCCACGGGACCGGUGCCAGGCACCCGCCCUGCCCUCGCCCGCUUUGUCAAACCUUAAUUGGGUUGAACAGGGAAUUUCUGGGCAAGGGGGGUGCCGCCUCCGAGUCAUGCCUGGUAGCCAGCCCUGUGGCAGGAGGAAUGAAUUAUUUUGUGCUGUACAUAAGUCCCGAGACUUCGGUGAAUUUCUCAGAAAAAUCUUCCUACUGGAAAAAGGUCGAGAGCUGCUGCUGCCCCCCCUUGUGCUCUGCCCCCAGACAGCCUUAAGCAGACGAGCGGCCGGUCCUGGCCACCUUGCCCCGUGCCCACCAGCCAGGGCAGGGGACGCAGGAGCACUGGGGGCCAAGGGAUGCCACCACGCCUCCAGCGGAGGAAGGGGUCGGAUAAAGAGGAAAUGGUUACUUGAAAGAUUUUCAUUCUGCUACUUAGAGCUGUAUUUGCUCUUACUGUUUGUAAAUAAAUCCGUGUCGGUACUGUAGACAAGUCCCGUAUCCUCUCAAUGUCUACUGCAGGGUCACCUAUACGGCUUCACUAAACAGUAGGGGAAAAAAAUAAAGAACUAUGCAUGACAUGGAUGUCUCAUUUCUCCCA